CGCCCUGGUUAUGAAACCGCGGGGGAGGGGCCGGCUGCCUCCCGCCGUCCUCGGCCGCGGCGGGGAAGAGGAGGCCGCCGGGGCUCAGUGGUCAGACAGAAUGGCUCCAGUGAACCAGCCAAAGGACAAGAAGCAUGAGAGGACACGUGAACAUUGGCCGGAAGAGGCAAAAUCAACUGGGAAGAGGAAACCGGACUACGAGGAACUAGGGAAUGAGCCGCUAGCAAAGAAGUUGUUUGUGAGAAAAACAUCCAAACCCCCAGAGAAAAUCGGUUGGAGUGGAUGUGGAUCCGUGGUGAGAAAUAACAGAGUCCUGUUCCAUCAGCUGGAGCGGCAGUGCAGCAUCGUUCAUUAUGUCUACCAGAACAUGCUGGGAGGCUCCAUUCGGGCACAGCUCAGAAGGUGUCUGCAGCUGCCCUUUGUGCGUUCUCUUGCCUCAUACCGACUCUUUCGAACAGCAAGUCCCUUUGACAGGAGAGUGACAUGCCUGGAAUGGCAUCCAACACACCCCAGUACUGUAGCUGUUGGUUCUAAAGGCGGAGACAUCAUCCUUUGGGACCAUGAAGUACUUACUAAAACCUGCUUCAUAAAAGGGAAAGGGCCAGGAGAUUCUCUCGGAGACAUCAAGUUCAGUCCUUAUGAGGCAGCGAAGCUUUAUGUGGCAUCAGGGGAUGGCACCCUAAGCCUGCAGGACCUUGAGGGCAGAGCGGUGCAGGUGAUCUCCCGUGCCCCGGACUGUGGCCAUGAGCACCAUAAUGUUUGUUGCUGGUACUGCAGUGUUGAUGUUUCUGCAAGCUGCCGUACGGUGGUGACGGGUGACAACGUGGGCAACGUGGUCCUGCUCAGCACUUCUGGUGAAGAGAUUUGGAGGAAGAAAUUGCACAAGAAGAAAGUGACUCACGUGGAGUUUAACUCCCGAUGUGAGUGGUUGUUGGCCACAGCGUCUGUGGAUCAGACAGUCAAAAUCUGGGACCUCAGGAACAUCAAAAACAAAAUGAAUUUUCUUCAUGUGCUUCCUCAUGACAAACCUGUCAAUGCAGCUUACUUCAGCCCAACGGAUGGUGCCAAGCUCCUGAGCACAGACCAGCGCAGUGAAAUCAGGGUUUACUCCUCUUCAGACUGGACCAAGCCACAGCAUCUGAUCCCACAUCCGCAUCGGCAGUUCCAGCACCUCACACCUAUUAAGGCAACGUGGCAUCCUCGCUAUGACCUCAUCGUAGCAGGUCGCUACCCAGACCCUAAAUUCCCAGGGUACACGGUCAACGAGCUACGAACUGUUGACGUAUUCGAUGGAAACACCGGGGAGAUGGUUUGUCAGCUCUAUGAUCCAAAUGCUUCUGGUAUCAUCUCGCUCAAUAAAUUUAACCCUAUGGGAGACACGCUGGCCUCUGGCAUGGGCUUUAAUAUUCUGAUCUGGAGCCGGGAGGAGAUGGUGGCCAAGAAGCAAGAACAUCUUUUGAAAGCCAUGACAGAACAGAUUGGAGGCCGGAGUUUGUCCCGAAGUGGAGGGCAGAGGCAAGCAAACCCUGGGACGAGCAAACUCAAAGCUAAUUUACUGCGCUGGGAGCUGGAGGAGGCGAGAACAAAAACCAAAGAUUCUAAAUCACAGGGAAGGAAGCAAAAAGGGAAAGAUCUAGAGAAAUGAUUUAGUGUUUUGAUCCUUUCUGGAUCACAGGGUACAAAUUCAGUGUUGGCAAUGGGCAGUGUAAGCCAUGCGGGGCAUUAGGCUUCUACUUUGUCAUUCCUCCCUGGAUCUGAUCUUGCUUCCCUGAUUCCCUUUGCUUCCCCUUCUAGAAAGUUGUGUCAGUGCCCGGUUCCUCCUCCGAGUGGAGUUACUACCCUUUUUGGGGAGGUACUAGGAAAACUGAUGUUCUCAGAUCCUGCUGAAGUUACUGCUUCCAGCCUGCCACAUCUGCUUGUUGUCACUUGUCAGCAGUUACCAUCUCCUGUAGCCUGCUGCAGAGCAGCUCGUGACAGGGUGCCCAGCCUGCUCUAGUCAGACUGAGCUGAGAAACCCUUUGCUAACAAAGGUAGUGUCCUGAAAAGGGAGAAUGUUCACAGGGGUGAGGCCAUGGGUAGCUUGGGAACACCAGCCUCUCUCAUAUGUUAGCUGCUUGGAAAACGUGUGUCUGUUGAGAUCUCGGGCUCAGCCUAUUCUGUGCUUCCAGCUACGUAACUAGACCACGAAGAACAUGAUGA